GGGCGGGCCGGCGGGCGCCGCGGAACAAAGGUCCAGCCUCGGCCGCUCAGCCCCUAUCGAGGCUUUUACCGCAGCUUGAGCUCAUCAUGAAGGCCAUUGAUGAGCCUCCCUAUCUCACAGUGGGCACUGAUGUGAGUGCGAAGUAUAGAGGAGCCUUCUGUGAAGCCAAGAUCAAGACAGCAAAAAGACUUGUCAAAGUCAAGGUAACUUUUAGACAUGAUUCUUCAACAGUGGAAGUGCAGGAUGACCACAUAAAGGGUCCCUUAAAGGUAGGAACUGUUGUGGAAGUGAAGAAUCCGGAUGGAACAUACCAGGAAGCAGUUAUCAACAAAUUAACAGAUGCAAGUUGGUACACUGUAGUAUUUGAUGAUGGUGAUGAGAAGACUCUUAGACGCUCUUCCCUGUGUUUAAAAGGAGAAAGACAUUUUGCUGAAAGCGAGACAUUAGAUCAGCUUCCACUGACAAAUCCUGAACACUUUGGGACUCCUGUUAUAGGAAAGAAAACAAACAGAGGAAGGAGAUCCAAUCAUAUUCCUGAAGAAGAAUCUUCAUCCUCUUCCAGCGAUGAAGAUGAAGAUGAUAGGAAACAAAGUGAUGAGUUACUAGGAAAAGUUGUGUGUGUGGACUGCUUCAGUGUGGAUAAAAAGAAAGCUCUGUGGUUUCCAGCCUUGGUGGUUUGUCCAGAUUGUAGUGAUGAUAUUGCAGUGAAAAAAGACAAUAUUCUUGUUCGCUCUUUCAAGGAUGGCAAAUUCGUUUCUGUGCCAAGAAAAGAUGUUCGGGAGAUUAGUGAAACUUCACCAAAGCCUGACGCUUUGUUAAAACAAGCUUUUGACCAAGCCCUUGAAUUCCGUAAAAACAGAACUGUUCCUGGUAACUGGAAAACAGAAUUGAAAGAAGACAGCUCCAGCAGUGAAGCUGAAGAAGAGGAAGAGGAUGAAAAAGAAAAAGAGGAUAACAGCAGUGAGGAAGAGGAGGAAAUAGAGCCGUUUCCCGAAGAACGAGAGAACUUUCUUCAGCAAUUAUACAAGUUCAUGGAAGACAGAGGGACUCCUAUUAACAAACGACCUGUAUUAGGAUAUAGAAAUUUGAACCUCUUCAAAUUAUUCAGACUUGUACACAAGCUUGGAGGAUUUGAUAAUAUUGAAAGUGGAGCAGUGUGGAAGCAAGUUUAUCAAGAUCUUGGAAUCCCUGUAUUGAAUUCAGCUGCAGGAUAUAAUGUUAAAUGUGCAUACAAAAAAUAUCUCUAUGGUUUUGAAGAGUAUUGUACAUCAGCUAACAUUGAAUUUCAAAUGGCAUUGCCAGAGAAAGUGACGAGCAAGGCUUGUAAAGACUGUGAAAAAGAAAAAGAAUUGAAGAUGCGUGAAGAACCAGAGCAGGAUGUAAAAGAAGUAAAAGUGGAUAAGGAGGAGCACAAGCAGGAGGAAGUAGCAAUAGUACAACAAGAAGAAAAAAAGUUAGCUGAGAAUGAUAUUGAAAGUAAAGAAAAUGAUAAGCCCUCUGUUCUGGGAAACAAAAAAAAUUUGCCAGAUUCUGUGUAUACUCAGCCUGAUCAAGAAAAGGACUUAAAUGUAAUCAAAACUGAAGAUGAAACCAAACUAGAAGAUAAAGAGGAAGAGAAGAUUAAAGAAAUGGAAAAUCCUACCGUAAAUGCAGACACUGAAGAAAAAGAAAAAUCAGGAGAUGACACGAAUAAGGAAGAAGAUGAAGAUGAUGAAGAAGCAGAGGAGGAUGAAGAGGAGGAGGAGGAGGAAGAAGACAACAAUAACAAUGAGGAAGAAGAGUUUGAAUGCUAUCCACCAGGCAUGAAAGUCCAAGUGCGGUAUGGAAGAGGGAAAAAUCAAAAAAUGUAUGAAGCUAGUAUUAAAGAUUCUGACAUCGAAGGUGGAGAAGUCCUUUACUUGGUGCACUACUGUGGAUGGAACGUGAGGUAUGAUGAAUGGAUAAAGGCAGACAAGAUAGUGAGACCAGCUGACAAAAAUGUACCAAAAAUUAAGCAUCGAAAGAAAAUAAAGAAUAAAACUGACAAAGAGAAGGAAGAGAAGUAUUCUCCUAAAAACUGUAAAUUACGACGUUUGUCAAAACCACCCUUUCACACCAGCGCAUCACCAGAGACUGGGUCCAAACUUGACAGCACUGAAGCCAAAAAUACUGAACAAGCUCCAGUUAAAUCAAUAGAAAUUACUUCUAUCAUUAACGGGCUACAAGCUUCUGAAAGUUCUGAUGAUAGUGAGCAGGAAGAUGACCAAAGUGCCCUGAAUGUACAUGCUGAUGGCAAAGAGGAAUCUCAACAUGAAGCUGUAAGCCAAGAUAAAAACGAACUCUGUCUAAAAGAAGAACAGAACAGUUCAUCCCUCCCAGAAGAAACUAAAGCUCUCACAGAUGUAGUAGUGCCCAAGUCAGGAUCCAAAUCUCCUGAAAGACUGCGAAAAGAGAUGGAAGAGUUAUCUGGAGAUACUGACUCCGAUGGAGAAGACGAAGCCACAAAGAAGAGAAAGGAUGUAAAAAAGGAGGUAGCAGAUAAAACAGCAAAACCACAGGUAAAACGUGGUAAACGAAGAUACUGUGUUGCAGAGGAAUCUUUAAAGACUGUGUCACCUAAUAGAAAGGAUGAGAAGUCCAAAAACAAAGACUCCGUUAGUUUAGAAAACAGCAGUAACAGCUCCUCCGAUGAAGAUGAGGAAGAUAAAUCUAAACUGAAAAUCACUCCAACUAAAAAGUACAAUGGACUAGAGGAGAAAAGGAAGUCUUUACGGACAAGUACUUUCUACUCAGGAUUUUCUGAAGUGGGAGAGAAAAGAAUAAAGCUUCUAAAUAACUCUGAUGAAAGACUUCAGAACACCAGAGCAAAGGAUCGAAAAGAUGUCUGGUCAAGUAUUCAGGGACAAUGGCCGAAGAAAACGCUGAAGGAACUGUUCUCGGACUCUGACACUGAAGCUGCUGCCUCCCCUCCACACGCUGCUCCUGAGGAUGCUGCAACAGAGGAGCAGCUUCAGACUCUUGCAGAAGACGACAUUUCUUUGCCUAGCUCUGAACUUGAAAAAUCUUUGCCAGCUAGUGUGGACGUUAAACCUGUUGAGGAGAAACCGACUGAAGUGGGUGAAAAGAAAGUUGAAUUUCCAAGCAGUGGCAGUAAUUCAGUGCUAAAUACUCCUCCUACAACUCCUGAAUCGCCUUCAUCUGUAACCGUAACGGAGUCCAGUAGACAUCAGUCCAGCGUCACUGUCUCUGAGACGUUGCCACCAAAUCAAGAAGAGAUACGAAGCAUUAAAAGUGAAACAGAUAGCACAAUAGAGGUGGACAGUGUUGCAGGGGAGCUGCAAGACCUCCAGUCCGAGGGAAAUAUUUCUCCAACAGGUUUUGAUGCCAGUGUCAGCUCCAGUAGUAGUAAUCAACCAGAGCCAGAGCAUACUGAAAAAGUCUGUACAGGCCAAAAAAGACUUAAAGAUGCUCAGGGAGGAGGCAGCUCCUCAAAAAAGCAGAAAAGAAGCCACAAAACAUCUGUGAACAACAAAAAGAAGAGUAAAACUACAAACAGCAGUGACAGUGAAGAGCUAUCUGCUGGUGAAAGUGUGUCCAAGUCUCAGUCAGCAAAAUCAGCUUCUACUGGCAUGAAAUCUCACCAAACCAAAUCACCUGCAAGAACACAAUCUCCAGGAAAAUGUGGGAAAAAUGGAGAGAAGGAGUCUGAUCUCAAAGAACAGAAUAAUCGUUUGCCCAAAGUUUACAAAUGGAGUUUUCAAAUGUCUGACUUGGAAAAUUUGACUAGCGCCGAGCGCAUAACAGUUCUCCAAGAAAAAUUGCAGGAAAUCAGGAAACAUUACCUGUCCUUGAAAUCUGAGGUGGCUUCCAUUGACCGAAGAAGAAAGCGCUUAAAGAAAAAAGAGAGGGAAAGUGCUGCUACUACAUCAUCUUCCUCCUCAUCACCUUCCUCUAGUUCCAUUACGGCUGCAGUUAUGUUAACUUUAGCAGAACCAUCUAUGUCAAGUUCAUCACAGAAUGGAAUGUCAGUUGAGUGCAGGUGACAGCAGGACUUGCCAAAGCACUUUGCACUUAAUGGCUGCUGAG